UUUGCAACAGGGACAAAAAUGAGCAGCGUGUUCUUUCCGGCUUGAGCUGAGAGUCUCAUGUUUCAGCUCCUCCUUCACAUUCCAGGCCUGUCCAGGCUCCCCUCCAAAGAUUUCAAAAAUGGAGCCUCUCACAACUAGUUAUCCUCUGAAGUACUCAGUGUCCAAAACCAGGGUCUUUGUUGUCUUCCUGUCAAUGCUUUUGUGCACCACCAUUCUCUGCCUGCUGCAACUAAGGUUUUUUAAACCUAAAAUCAAAGAUUUUUAUUCUUUUGAAGUCAAGGAUUCACGAGGAAGGAUCAUUUCAUUGGAGAAAUACAGAGGAAAAGCAACUUUGGUUGUAAACGUGGCCAGUUACUGCCAAUACACAGACAAAAAUUACAUCGCGCUACAAGAGCUGCACAGAGAGUUUGGUCCCUCCCAUUUCACUGUGCUGGCGUUUCCCUGCAACCAGUUCGGAGAAUCAGAGCCUGGUUCGAACCAGGAAAUAGAAUCUUUUGCCAAAGGAAACUAUGGAGUAACAUUCCCCGUUUUCCACAAAAUCAAGAUCCUAGGAUCAGAAGCAGAUCCCGCCUUUAAAUUUCUAAUAGAUUCUUCAAAGAAAGAGCCUCGAUGGAAUUUCUGGAAGUACCUUGUCAGCCCUGAGGGCAAAGUUGUGAAAUUCUGGAAACCAGAAGAGCCAAUAGAAAGUAUCAAACCAGAAGUUAUAUCAUUAAUCAGGCAGAUUAUCAUGAAGAAAAGAGAAGACCUCUGACAAAGCCAUUCAAUACUAUGGGUAUACACAGCUUUUCUACAUCCCUGGGAAAUGUUGCUAGAAGCUAAACUAUCAGGUGAUUUUGCUACUCUUUAGCAUUGGUGUUUGCCAUUUGUCUAUUAAUUCUGGAUUGGCUCCUGCCAUGGCCUCAAGAACGACUGAGGUUACUGGCGUGGCAAGGCACUCAGUACCUUGCAGGGAGGGACCACCUGUUUGCAUAACAGGUUUAUGAUUUCUUUUUCUGAAUUGCUGACAGUAGCCAAUUAAAAUUGUCACCAGCAGGUAGAUAGUUAGAAAGAAAGUUUAUUAAUAAAUUACUCAGUAUUUACACAGGGGUUUUCCCCCAUCUACAAGUAACAAGCAGAUUUUAUAUUCCAUUAACACAUAAUUGCCCAGUUAUGAAAGACAUGGGACCCAGAGACAUCCAUAGUAUGGUUUCUAGACACAAAUGUCACUGAAGAUACCAGCUUUGCAAUAUCUUCUCAAGAAAGACUGCUGAAUUGUGAAGCUGCCAGUUGCAAAAAAAUUGUGAGUAGAAAACAAAAUUAUUAAAAGAACCAAAAAAAAA